CAAUUUUUAAGAUGGUCUCCAGGCUCUAGUUGUAGAAUAAAAAUAAAAGUUCAUUCAAUAAUUGAUGAAUCAAAAGUAAAAAUUCCCUAGAAACAAAUGAGAAGAUAAAAAAUAAAGAAAUUGCAGAUUUGGCAAAAGCAAAAUACUCCUAACCAGUAGUUAACCAUCCAAGCCAAUGAAGAGGCAAAGGGGUUUCUUCUCUUUAUUUCAUUUUCACUUCCAUUAAUUUUCUUUAUUUUUUAGCUGAUGGGUAUUUGUUGCUUUGUAGGUUUGUUAGUGGAUAUGCCUGAUCAAGAAUUCAUCUGUUAGUGUUUUCUACUGUAUAAGCUAUGAUGAUGGUUUGCUCUUUUCUUGAUUUUUAAGUUUCAUUCAACUUCUUUCUGCAAUUUGAUGUGCUUUUGAUUACUUGUUGGUUUGAAAUUUUGGGGCUUUUGUGGCUGUGACUGAGGGAAAAAAAAAAAAACAAAAAGGAUCUUGAUUGUGUAGCAAAAAAACAAUUCUGGGGUUUUGCUUAAAUUUUGGUAUUUAGUGGAUUUUGAUGGGAAAAAUUGAUUCUUGAGGUAUUUUGCCCAGUUUUUGGCGUUGAGAAUUGUUAAGGAAAAAUAAUGGAAGAAGAUAAGGCGGCUUUUGUUAGUGAAGAAGAGACUAUGGAAGUGGAAAUAUCUGAUGUGAGCAAUGAGAUUGUUGUUUUACCAUCCGAAAAAGGUGAGGGAAGCAAUGGAAAUGUGGUAUUUUCAAGAGAAGUUCCACUUGUACAUAAGGACUCCACUUGUAGUUGUGGUGGAGGUAAUAAGAAUAAAUCGAGGGUAGCUAACGCUGAUUCGGAAUCAGUUCCUGAAAAGAAGCUUAGUAGACAAGAUAGGAUUGAGUUGGGGCGGUUGUUACAGGGUGCUGUGAGUGGCAGUGAUUGGGAGCUGGCAGAGAGUUUGAUCCUACUGGCUGAUCCCCAAACCCUGAAUGAUGCGUUGUGUAUUGCUUUGGAUUCAAUCUGGUUUUUAACUAGUCAUGAUGAGUUGUAUGGGAUAACGGGUUUGAUUAAGAAGAUUAUCGCUAAUGGUGCAUACGACUUCACUCGGGCUGCCUUGAGGACUUCGUUUCUUGCUUCUUGUGUUUCUGCUUGCCAGAGUCGAACGAUGGGCCUUGCAGAUACUGUCACUGUAAUGGCACAAAGCAGGUUGCAUGAACGACUACAAGAAUGCAACGGAGAUGAAGUCUUGAAGGCUGAAGCUGGUGCUAAGGUUCAGAAGUUCACGGAGUGGGCUCUUAAAUGUAUAGGUUUCCAUUCCCGCUGCCAAGGAAAGAGGGUUGGGGUUGGGCGUAACUCAGCUAUUGAAAUAGUACAACUGCAGCUAUCAGCUUUCAAAACUUUCCUGGAUCUUGCUGGGAACCACCUUACCGGGAAGGACUUUACAGAAGCAUUUGAUGCAGCUUGCUUUCCGCUUACACUAUUCUCAAGUUCAUUUGAUACUGGCUGGGCAUCAGGAGUUUCAGCUAAUGCAAUCCAAGGAUUGCUCGGCAUGUUUGUGGAAGGGGGUGCAGACAAUGUCAAUCAGUGCUUUCUUGAAGCAUCGCGUUUUGGGAGCACAGAGCUGGUCCGCAUUCUGCUGCAGAUUGCUCAAAGGAAUAGCUUGGAUGUUGAUGUUGACCUGGCUUUGGGAUUUGCUUCCCACUACGGUAAAAUUGGAACUAUGCAAUGUUUAGUGGACGAGGGUAAUGCAAUGGCUUUCUUGGGCCCUCUGAUGAGAGCUGCUGAGAGGGGAUGCAUACAGGUUGUUGAAUGGUUUGUCACAAGGGGAUGCAGAGACAUGGAACUAUGUCUGGCUCUCACAGCUGCGACCUCCAGUAGUCAGGUUGAAGUUGCUGCGUAUCUCCUCCCCCAUGUUCCUCACCAUGUUCUUGCUGCCCUCAGCAUCGAGAUUCUCAAGGCUGCUGGUGAAAGAAGCGGUGGUUCUCUUGAUGGGGUAGCAUUUCUUUUGCAUUCAGACUUCCUCGGUGAUCCUGUUGCCACUUAUGCUGUUGCCGACAGCAUAGCUAAGUCCGAUGAUGAUGCUGUUAAUCCCAAGCUGAGGAGUUUCCUUCGGGAGCAUUGGUCGGAAGCUGCUUUCUCAGAUGGACUGCAGCAAGGACAAGAACACUACUUAAACUUUGCGCGUAUUGUAAAAUGGGGCGAAACUCCUAUCUCUUUGAAGGAUCUUCCUGGACCUCUGAGGGUAGCAAUAGCAUACCUGCCACUGUAUAGAGAAAGUGUUAAGGCAGGGGGAUGCUGCUUGUUAUCUCAAAGACUUAGGGGACAGCUUGUGGAAGCAGCCAAAAGGCUCGGUGGCGUAGUACUGCAAGAGGCAAACCAAGGAAAAGAAUUAUUGGCCGUCUUGGAGCACCAUCUUCCUCCAUUUUUGCUAAAUGCAUCAUAGUACAUUCGAAGUUUUGAAAUUUUCACCUCCCCGGUCACCAAGUAUAAUAACAGAAAUAGUUGGGUUGAAAGUGAGGAAGAAGCAUCCAAGGUUGGUCUAUUUUCUAAAUGAACAAUUAGGUAGAGCUUUGUUUGCUUAGUUGCUGCAUAUCUGCGCGGAGUCUUGAAAGAUGUAUACUUAAAUGUGUAUGUUGAAUGUUAUGUAAGCAGAGUUAACCACAUUAAGAAGGGCUAGUAACUCAAAUGGGCAUUGUAUAUCGGCUA